AUUUGAUCAUAUACCCGAGAAAUCAAGGUAUUUCUUCAUAACAAGGUGCGGUUAUUGCCACAAGAAAAAGGCAAGCGUGUAAUGGUUUCCCGCCAAAGUGUCCGCGGUCUACAAGGACGUCACUGCGGACGAAAUCCAUCUUAGUCGACGUCAUGGCGCGAAGGCGUCGUCUUCCCCACGAAGCCUGCGCUACCUCGCGGCGUCGUGCAGCGGCGGGUUCCGACGGUGGCUGUGACGUAUCGCCGAGGCUCAAGCCUCGUCCUUUGCAGCGCAACGCGGCGAACGCCCGCGAGAGGGCCCGGAUGCGCGUCCUGAGUCGCGCCUUCUCGCGUCUCAAGACGUCGCUCCCCUGGGUUCCCGAAGACACCAAGCUCUCCAAGCUGGACACGCUCAGGCUGGCGGCCGGCUACAUCGCGCACCUGCGGCGAGUGCUGAUCGACGACGACGAGGCGUCGUCGUCUUCGCCCGCUUCGGCCGCCGAAGAAGCAGCCUGCGGUUCGCCGCGAUGCCUGCACCCGCUGACACUGACGUGGCCGUUCUCGUUCAACCAUCGCCUCCCGAGUCCCGAGGGUCGGGAUGCGGAGCCCAAGGUGCGGCAUGGCGUCUCCUGUCGAAUGUUCGAGGGCGACGCAGCGUCUCCCGCGUCGCCCCACCGACCCGCCAGCAAGCAGCCUUAUCACCAGCAGCAGUCAACCUCGUGUCACGGAGGCCAUCGAUACCCGUCCGCUUCCUCUGCGGACGAUGGAUUCGACUCGUUCCUCGACUACCUCAACAGUUCCUCGGGACCUGCACACCCUUCUUCAUACUCGGGCCGCUUUAUGGCUAUAACGAGUCAGAGACCCUUGUGUUCCUCCUAAGCACCUUCUAUAUUGUCUUCUUCGUGAAGAAACAUUAAUAGUGCAUAUGAUGCCCAAAACGUGGUAACUAUGAAGAGCUUUCCUUACGGCGACAGCCCUAGGUGCCUCAUCGAAAUUGACCGUCGAUGUCGGCGGCGUGGACGUCAG